AAUAACUUUCUCUUUCAAAAAAAAAAAAAUUCUUAGAAUUGUGCAAUUUGUGCAAAAAGUGAAUCACUACACUCUGGUAAACAAAGUAGCGAAUGAACGUAGUGGUCACUGGUCAGUGCCUUAAAAUUCACUCAAACCGCCACUCUCAUUUGAUUCAUUUCUCAGUUGCAAAUGCAGUAUUUUCUCUGCUCAUUCAAUUUCUAUAAAAUAUCCAUUAAUGGCGGAUUCAUCAACCAACUCCCGCAAAGAUGGAACUCUAACCUACAUCUAUCUACUCAUUUACAUCGCGCUUUCUAGUGGUCAGAUCUUCUUCAACAAGUGGGUUUUGUCGUCAAAGGAAAUAAACUUUCCUUACCCUCUUGGAUUGACUCUUCUUCACAUGGUCUUUUCCUCUGUUUUAUGCUUUGUGCUGACAAAGGUUCUAAAGAUUUUAAAAGUUGAAGAAGGGAUGACCAUGGAAGUAUAUAUCACGUCAGUCAUUCCUAUUGGUGCAAUGUUUGCAAUGACCCUUUGGUUGGGGAAUACAGCAUACCUGUACAUAUCAGUUGCUUUUGCGCAAAUGUUGAAGGCCAUUAUGCCAGUAGCUGUUUUCAUCCUUGGAGUGGCUGCUGGGCUUGAGGUCAUGAGCUGUAGAAUGCUUUUGAUUAUGUCAGUCAUAAGCCUUGGUGUUAUAGUUGCUUCUUAUGGUGAAAUAAGUAUCAGCUGGGUUGGUGUUGUUUACCAAAUGGGAGGUGUAGUUGGAGAGGCCCUCAGGCUCAUCUUUAUGGAGAUAUUUGUUAAAAGGAAGGGUUUGAAGCUGAAUCCUAUAUCCAUCAUGUACUACGUCAGUCCCUGCAGUGCUCUCUGCCUUUUCAUUCCAUGGCUAUUUUUGGAGAAGCCAAUAAUGGAUGCAAAUGGAUUAUGGAAUUUUCCACCUCUUGUUCUCAUACUCAACUGCCUUUGUACUUUUGCCCUCAAUCUCUCAGUUUUCCUUGUCAUCUCGCAUACUAGUGCGCUCACGAUUCGUGUUGCUGGGGUGGUGAAGGAUUGGGUUGUUGUGCUAAUGUCUGCCCUGAUUUUUGCUGAUACAAAAUUGACACUAAUCAAUUUGUUUGGCUAUGGAAUAGCCAUUGCUGGUGUUGUAGGAUAUAACAAUCAUAAAUUGAAAAAAGAAGCUUCACAAGGAACUUUGAAAGAGGCACAACCUGAGGAAUUAAUACCUAUGGUUUCUUCAUCCUCUAACAAAUAGCUAUGAGUUGCUUGGUACCACUCUUCAGAAAUACUAAGAUUGUCGCAAUGAAACUUACUCUUGAUGCAUUAACUGCAUAUAGCUUAUCGUUUCUGGUAAUACCCACACAAAAACUAUCAACUGUGGUAUGAGCUGUGGAACACAUGCGAUGUUCAGAUCUAUUUCUAUCACACGAAGACCGCAGCAUGAUCCCUUGUUUUAGAAUGAUACAUUUGCCUUGGGUUUCGAAGGGCAUGAUUCUACUGUGGAAUCGUGAUCAUCUUAUUUGAUUUUUCCUUACCAGUGACUAAUAAUUAUUGAAGUCAUCAAUGAAUACAUUGCUGUAUAGAGUCUUGGAAUUCAAGCUUUGUAAUAGAAGACUAGUCAGGCAGUGGAGCAGUGGCAUACACCAUGAUAGAGCGACUCUUAUAUUAUAAGUUAUAUAUACAAAAUGAUGCCUAAAAAAAUGUCACAUUCCUAAAUAUUAUUACUCUCCGUCCCACGAAGUCGAGGCUGUUUUUAUUUAUUUAUUUAUUUUUUUCCCGGAAUUAAGGAAUUGGAAAUUCCAAUGACCAGAGUACA